GUAAACAUCCUGUCGAUUUUAAAAGGACAGCGCUGAGCGGGAGGAAGGCGGCUGGCGCCAUCUUGGCUGUUUUAAUGAGUACAACAGGGGAGAGCUCGCUGGGAGAAAUUACCUAAUCUUUGUGAUUUCACUCUACGAGGGCUCCUCUCGGUAAACCACACCACAGUUGGCGUGUUUGAACCAGGGCAACCAGGGCAAUGUUCUACGCCCACUUUGUCCUCAGCAAACGUGGGCCGCUGGCCAAGAUCUGGCUGGCGGCCCAUUGGGACAAAAAGCUGACCAAGGCCCAUGUGUUUGAAUGCAACCUGGAGAGCAGCGUGGAGAGCAUCAUCUCACCUAAGGUGAAGAUGGCGCUGCGCACUUCGGGUCACCUGCUCCUCGGAGUGGUGCGGAUCUACCACAGAAAGGCCAAGUACCUGCUGGCUGACUGUAAUGAAGCCUUCAUCAAGAUCAAAAUGGCCUUCAGGCCAGGUGUGGUUGAUCUGCCUGAGGAAAAUAGAGAGGCUGCAUAUAAUGCCAUCACCUUACCUGAGGAGUUCCAUGACUUUGACCAGCCACUUCCUGAUCUAGAUGACAUUGAUGUGGCUCAGCAGUUCACCCUGAACCAGAGCAGAGCUGAAGAGAUCACCUUGAGGGAGGAUGUUGGAAACCUCAGCCUGCUGCAGGAAAACGACUUUGCUGACUUUGGCAUGGAUGACCGAGAGAUGAUGCGUGACGCUAGCACGUUUGAAGAUGAUAUAAUGCAGGGAGCAACUGACCCCAACCUCUUGCUGGAGGCUGAGCCGGGCCCAGCUAACCUCCCCGACAAAUCCAACCACAUGGAGUAUGACGACUUUGGGGACGGCUCCAUGGGCAACAGCGAUGGCGGAAUGCUUGUUGACAAACUGCUGAGUUCUGAAGAUGGAGGUGGCAUCUUUGAUGAUCCACCAGCGAUCACAGAGAGCGUCAUGAUGCCUCCAGAUCACGGGGAUGAUGAGGAUGACUUUGACAACCUUCAUUCACCGGGUCCAGACAGUCCUGAUUCUGGCCCAGCAGAGCCGCUGCCAGCAAUGGCCGACCAAACGGAACAGACGACUCUGGUUCACAAUGAAGAGGAGGCCUUUGCCCUGGAGCCCAUCGACAUCACUGUGAAAGAGACCAAGGCAAAACGUAAAAGGAAGUUGAUUGUCGACAGCGUCAAAGAGUUGGACAGUAAGACCAUCCGAGCCCAGCUGUCGGACUACUCCGACAUUGUGACCACACUGGACCUGGCCCCUCCCACUAAGAAGCUCAUGAUGUGGAAAGAGACCGGAGGAGUGGAGAAGCUUUUCUCUCUGCCUGCUCAGCCGCUCUGGAACGCCCGGCUCCUCAAGAUGUUCACCCGCUGCCUGACUCCCCUGGUGCCAGACGAGCUGAGGAAGCGCAGGAAGGGCGGUGAAGCGGACAGUCUGGACGAGUUCCUCAAAGAGCUGGAGAACCCGGAGGUGCCGAGGGAGGAGAUCAUGACUCAGAACAGAGACGUUAUUGACCAGACGAUCAUGGAGGAGCCCAGCAUUCUGGCAGCUUCUACAAUGGAAGGCAGCAGGACAACUUUGGAUGAGACGGUGAUGCCUCCUCCUUCCACCCCCCGUGGCGUUAAACGCAAGCAGCCCGUUGACAAGGAGGGAAGCUUUCCUAUGACUCCCCUGGAACAGCAGCAAGUGGCUAACCGCUCAGACUUGUCACAAAGACUAGACAUGCCUCAGGUUGAUCUGCCCCCUGAGGAGGCCAGUGUCAACCUCACUCAGCUUGUCCCAGAACUCGACCUUCUCACCGAAAAGGAUAAGGAUAAGAAGGAUGACAGCGAAGAAGAGGAGGAAGAGGAAGGCCAGGCUGGAGACCAGGAUCAAGAAGAGAAGAGAUGGAACAAGAGAACCCAACAGAUGCUUCACGGCCUGCAGCGCGUUAUGGCGAAGACCGGUGCGGAGUCGGUCAGUCUGCUCGAACUGUGCCGAAACAACAACAGAAAGCAGGCAGCAGCCAAGUUUUACAGUUUCCUCGUCCUCAAGAAGCAGCAAGCCAUCGAGGUCACUCAGUCAGAGCCCUACAGCGACAUCAUCGCCACGGCCGGACCAAAAUUCCACCUCAUUUAGACAUUGGAAGAAACAAACACUCUGCUUGCAACAGGCAUACUCGUUUUCCUGUUUUUAAAUUACUCGACUGUUUGCCUUUUUAUUGUGUUUUCCAAUAAGCCCAGUUUUUAUUUUAAAUUUUUUUUUUGUCCUAGGGAAAGGGGUUUCAGAACCUUUAAAAAAACCAAAACAUGGUUUUACUGUAAUAAAUAUCGGAUCAUGCAGUAUUCUUGGUUCAAACGGAGUGGAGAAUGUUUUACAAGUAUAUUUAUAAAGCAAACCCUUUUUCAGUCAUCAAUUUGUAAACUUUACUGCAUUUUGUUUUCUAAGUUAAAUUUCUGUUUUCUCGUUCCCCAAGUUUUGCGUCAGUCCCCAUGUUUCAGUUAAAAAAUGAUUUUUCUGAAAGGCCCAAUGUGUCACGUUAUCUCUGUAAUGACUAGAUGUUCUGGAAAGGUACUGUUUUACUGUUCAGAAGUGUAACAUUGCCCAACUUCUCUCUGUUGCACUCGUUCUCUUAUAAACAAAAGAAAGUGAGUCCCUCAUUAAUCUGAAAGUCUUAUCUGGCAUUAAAUAUCAUGAUUCAGAUGUAUAAUUAAGGCAGUUUAUCAAUUAAGGUUUAUGUAAAUGUUAUUUUUUUGUACCUUUUUAUGUUUAUGCUUAUUUGCCUCUUUGCAUUAUGUAACUAGGUAAUGUACUUGUUACAGUUCACCACCCCACCUUUUUAGAUUCUGGGUAACUUCUAGUUGUGAUACAUCUGUAAAGAUUUGAAAUAAAGUGUUUUAAGUACUUGGUUAA